UGUAAACUGGUGUAUCGUACCCAGUGUAAACUGGUAUAUCGUACCCAGUGUAAACUGGUGUAUCGUACCCAGUGUAAACUGGUGUAUCGUACCCAGUGUAAACUGGUGUAUCGUACCCAGUGUAAACUGGUGUAUCGUACCCAGUGUAAACUGGUGUAUCGUACCCAGUGUAAACUGGUGUAUCGUACCCAGUGUAAACUGGUGUAUCGUACCCAGUGUAAACUGGUGUAUCGUACCCAGUGUAAACUGGUGUAUCGUACCCAGUGUAAACUGGUGUAUCGUACCCAGUGUAAACUGGUGUAUCGUACCCAGUGUAAACUGGUGUAUCGUACCCAGUGUCUGGUGUAUCGUACCCAGUGUAAACGGGUGUAUCGUACCCAGUGUAAACUGGUGUAUCGUACCCAGUGUAAACGGGUGUAUCGUACCCAGUGUAAACUGGUGUAUCGUACCCAGUGUAAACGGGUGUAUCGUACCCAGUGUAAACUGGUGUAUCGUACCCAGUGUAAACGGGUAUCGAACCCAGUAAAUAUUCCCCCGUCGCGUGUCCCGUAUAUUCUGUUACAGGUUAAUACUGUCUUCCAUAUCUUCCUGUCCUCGUAG